UAUGGCAAGACAGUCUGAAGAAGUCAAAAAGCAACAGAGCACACUUAGGGGUGACGCUAGCAGUGUGAUGCAGAUGGAGGGGAGCUCCAUAGACAGACUGAUAAAAAAGGGACAGCAAUAUACCAACUGGAAAAGCAGCGGCGCACAUUCCCGCCAACACACGCAAGGCAGAGACAAAGGCAUGCAGCACAGCGCCCAGUGCUACAAGUGUGGGGGGCCUUCUCACGAGUUUCCCGCCAAGUGUCCCGCCAACGAUGCAACCUGUCGGGGCUGCGGAAAAAAAGGCCAUUACCAGCGUGUCUGCAGAAGCAAGUCUGUGGUAGCGUACAUUGAGGAAGAAGAGGGGAAAAGUUUCUUCUUGGGCUCUGUGUCAUGUGAAAACAACAUGUGGGCGGCUGAUGUGCAGAUAAAAGGGAAAGUGCUGAAAUUCAAACUUGACACCGGCGCAGAUGUAACCGCCAUUUCGGACAGUGACCUGAAAGACUUGUUCCCGGGGGCACAAAUGCCUGUCCUCCACAAGCCAGAGAAACCCUUGCUGGGUCCAGGAAAGAUUCAGCUGGAGGUAGCUGGCUAUGCAAAAAUGCAGCUGACUUACAGAGCCAAGCAGACAGAGGAGAAGGUCUAUGUGGUCAAAAACCUGAGCACACCUUUGCUCGGGCUACCGGCCAUUACUGCCCUGGGUCUACUCAUUCGAGUCGACAGCGUCACCAUGGACUCUUUAAAGGCAACCUACCCAAAACUCUGCAAGGGCCUAGGCGACAUCAGGCGUCCAUACCACAUCCUGCUCAAGCCAGAGGCCGUGCCAUUCUCUUUAAAGACUCCACGGAGAAUUCCCCUGCCUCUGAUAGGAAAGGUGAAGGAGGAGCUCCAGCGGAUGGAAGAGAUGGGGGUCAUCAGGCGCGUUGAGGAGCCUACGGAGUGGUGCGCCGGCAUCGUCGUCGUCCCAAAGAAGAACAGCCAGCAACUACGCCUGUGUGUGGACUUCACGGGCUUGAACCAGUAUGUGUGUCGAGAGAAGUAUGUCCUGCCAUCAGUCGACCAGAGUCUAGGAAUGCUAGCUGGAGCCAGAAUCUUCAGUAAACUAGACGCGAACAUGGGAUUCUGGCAGAUUCCUUUAGCUGAGGAGUCAGCCAAAUACACAACAUUUAUAACACCCUUCGGACGGUAUCACUUUCAGCGUCUUCCGUUUGGGAUCAACUCUGCGCCCGAGCACUUCCAGCGUGUCAUGGCGGAGGUGAUAGAUGGACUCGACGGGGUGGUCUGCCACAUCGAUGACCUGCUGGUGUGGGGAAAAGACCAAGAACAGCACGACGCUCGUCUCCAUGCCUUGUUGAAAAAGCUUGAACAAGCAGGGGUGACUUUGAAUGCAGACAAGUGCGAGCUCUCCAGGAGUGAGUUGGUGUUCCUCGGGCAUGUCAUCACCACGUCAGGCAUCAGCCCCGAUCCAGAAAAGACAGAGGCCAUCAGGGACAUGAAAGAGCCUACAAACGUGAGUGAGUUGAGGAGUUUCCUGGGGAUGGUAAACCAGGUGGGAAAAUUCAUACCCCAGCUAUCAGAGAAAGACAAAGCUCUCCGUGACCUUCUCUCAAAGAAGAACUGCUGGCUGUGGGGUGUCGACCAGGCGGCGGCUUUCAGGGUGCUGAAGGAAGCACUAAUCUCUCCACCGGUCCUGGCCAUGUAUGACACGAGCAGGGACACCAAAGUAUCGGCAGACGCUUCAUCUUAUGGACUGGGGGGCGUGCUCCUCCAGAAAUGGGACAGCGAAUGGAGGCCGGUAGCUUACGCAUCCCGCUCACUCUCACCCACUGAGCAACGCUACGCGCAAGUAGAAAAGGAGGCCCUGGGUCUAACCUGGGCAUGUGAGCGCUUCCGGGACUUUUUGUUAGGAAAGCACUUCUGCCUAGAGACUGACCAUAAGCCGCUCCUCUCCUUACUAGGCGCACAAGCACUCGACCUGUUGCCACCAAGGAUACAGCGCUUUCGAAUGCGGCUCAUGCGCUACUCCUAUGACAUUGUGCACGUUCCUGGAAAGUCACUCUGGACUGCUGACACAUUGUCACGUUCACCUGUACAGAAAAAAAUGACCGCAAAUGACACUGAACUGAUGGAGAGCACGAACAUUUACGUGGACUGCAUUGUCAACAACUUACCUGUCAGUCCCACGUUCAUGGACACACUCAAGGCACAGCUGGAAGCUGACAGUGUAUGCUCUCGUGUCAUGAAAAUGUGUGCAGACGGAUGGCCAGAUCACGCACAGCAGGAACCACUCCUGAAACACUUCUGGCCCGAGCAGGCUACACUCACAGUACAAGAUGGACUGUUGCUGAAAGACACACGUCUGGUCAUUCCAGCAGCAAUGCGGAACGAUGUGCUGGACAGACUGCAUGAGGGCCAUCAAGGGGUCGUGAAGUGCAAAGCACGUGCCCGUCAGACUGUGUGGUGGCCUGGGCUGGGACAUCAAAUCACAGAGAUGGUGCUCAAAUGCAGAACGUGUCUGCAAGAGCGCCGCAAUCACAGUGAGCCACUCAUGCCGUCAGACUGCCCCGAGCGCCCAUGGCAAAAGCUGGGGGCCGAUCUCUUUGAACUGGGGGGAAAAACUUACCUGCUCGUCGUUGAUUACCUCUCCAGGUACGUCGAACUUGCCCUGCUGACACACACAAAAUGCAAUGAUGUGAUUAACCAUCUGAAAUCUAUGUUUGCCAGACACGGCAUCCCGGAGGUGCUCAUGUCUGACAACGGCCCUCAAUUCUCCGGCCAGGCAUUCGCUUCCUUCGCCUCUGCAUAUGGGUUCAAACACCUUACCAGUAGCCCCAAAUUCCCACAAAGCAAUGGCGAGGCUGAGCGAGCAGUACAGACCAUAAAGGGUCUGCUGAAAAAGGCAACUGAUCCGUACAUGGCUCUGCUUGCAUACAGAGCCACACCUCUUCAGAAUGGAUACAGCCCGGCCCAGUUGCUCAUGGGUCGACGUCUCCGCACCACAGUGCCGACACAUUCCUCUGAGCUGCAACCUACACUGCCCGACCGCAGCACUCUGUUCCAGAAAGAAGGGGAGAAGAGGUCGUCAGAUGCUGCAAACUUCAACAGGCGACAUCGUGCAAAGCCACUCAGCAGCCUGUCUCCAGGUCAGGAGGUGUGGGUGACUGACACAAAAACACCAGGGACUGUGAUCCAGAGUCACACCUCGCCGAGAUCUUACCUUGUGGAUGCGCCACAUGGGGUGGUAAGACGCAACCGCCUGCAUCUUAUACCACUCCAGUCUCCGUCACGAGACGAGGCUGGACAGCAGCAACAGGAGCCACUGCCGGUCCUAGAGCAGGGUGACACUCCACCUGCUUUGGGGUCUCCUGUUCCCUCUCCUGGGGUUUCCACUCCCAGAACCAGGUCUGGGAGAGCAAUCAUACAGCCCACUAGACUGAACUUAUAAGUGGCUGAGAAAAGGAAAAAAAAAUGUUCAAUGUGAAAAAAAAGAGUUUGUCAUAUGUUCAUGCUGAGCAGAAAAUGUUUUUCCAAUGUACCAGUUUUACAGGGUAGAUAUUUACUUUAGAAAAUAAGUUGGAAAAUGUUAUGUUUAGAAAGAGUAUCAGUUUACCAGGAUUUGUUUAACCCUGUUUUCUUUCACAGGUUUUGAUGGACUUUGAAAAAAAUGUGUUUCACAUGUUCGUAAAAAAGGGAGAUGUGGUGUAUCUGAAUGCAGUACAUUAAGGGUUAAUGGUUACGCGGGUUACGUUACAGUCGACCAAUAGGAUUAUGUGUGUGUGGUCACAUGAUGCUGGGUUCGUGCGUCUUCAUGUCAGUUUAAUAAAGUGCCUGUAAUGUCAAGACACAGUUGUCCGCGCUGA